CUUGUCGCAGUUAUUUGCUAGCCGCUAGCUUCACAUCAUGAAUCUCUGGAAGAAUUGCGUUUUACUGUUUCUUAUCGGCUUCUGCUUUGGACGAGGCGAUACUGCUCAAAAUGAGGGGACCACCAAACAGGGUGACAACGUAGGAUCCAGUGAGCAAGAUGAGUUUGAGGAAUACUUUGAUCAGGAUAGCAUUCUGGAAGAAAGACAAGGAACUGAUAAAGAACCAUUAGAAAACGAACUAACAGGUGGUGACAACGUUGAACAUGUUCAUCAACACAAUCAUGAAGAUCAUGACCAUGAUCAUAUCCAUGAUCAUAACCAUAUCCAUGAUGACCAUGCUGGUCACUUUCACUUUCAUGAAGACGACGUUGAUAUGGUACAACAAGGUAAAGAGAAAUGGUUUAGGCCACCUGAUGAUCAAGGAAGCAUUCAAGAAGAUCACAAUCAUCAUGGACACGAUCACAAUCAUCAUGGACACGAUCACAACCAUGAUCAUCAUGAUCAUCACGACCAUCACGAUCAUCAUCAUGGGCACAAUCAUGACCAUCAUCAUCAUCAUCAUCAUCAUGGGCACCAUGGUAACUUUCAUGAAGACGAGGGUGAUUUGGUCAAACAAGGAAAGGAAAAAUGGCUCAAACCUGCUGUUGAUGAACCCAAACAUGAAACUGUAGAAAGCUCUGAAUUAAAAACAGACAGUGAUCACCAUGAUGACAGUCAUGUACAUCAUGAUCAUGAACAUGACCACCACCAGCACCACCACCACCACCACCAUCAUCAUCAUGAACAUAAAACAAUUAAACCCAAGCAUGAGAAACACCACAAUCAUCCUAAUGGACAGGAAAGUGAUCCUCAAUUAAAUAGUGGAAAGAAGAAAUGGUUUAAACCUGUCAGUGAUCAUCAUGAACAUGAGACAUUUGCAGAUCAUGGCUCACAGUCUAAGCAGCAGGCUUCGUGGGACACUUGGUCGCAAUCCCUGCUUGCAACUGUCUUGAUUAGUGCUGCACCUUACUUUAUACUAUACUUUAUUCCAUUGGAGAGCAACAAGAAGGAGCAGGAACCGCUUCUCAAGCUUUUACUGAGCUUUGCUUCGGGUGGGUUAUUGGGAGAUGCAUUCUUACAUCUCAUUCCACAUGCUGUCAAUCCUCAUGUCCAUGGUGCAGAUGACGGUAAUAUACAUGGACACACACAUCACAACCAUGACCACCUCCAUCACCACCACCAUCAGUCUAAUGAAGAUGCACAUGGACAUCACCAUGACAUUAGUGUUGGUGUGUGGGUAUUAGCUGGAAUUCUUGCGUUUCUGGUUGUUGAAAUGUUUGUUCGUCAUGUGAAGUCUGGUCAUAGUCAUUUUGGCGGACAUAGUCAUUCGCAUUUAUCAGCCGCUGGUGUAAAAAAGGUAAAGACCCAGGAGGGAAACAAAGACAAAGAGGGCAAAGAGAGAAAGGAAAAAGAAACCAAGGAUGCAGAUGAACAGUCGCAUGGUGAUGCAGAAAACGACGAGGAAGAACAAGAACAAGGAGAACGAGAAGAAGAAAGCAGCAAUACUCAAACUAUUAAAGUGUCUGGAUAUCUCAACUUGGCUGCUGAUUUUAGUCACAAUUUUACUGAUGGUCUUGCUAUUGGAGCAUCGUUUCUGAUGAGCCGUAACCUUGGUGUUAUCACUACACUCACAGUUCUACUACAUGAAAUCCCACACGAGAUAGGUGAUUUUGCAAUCCUGGUUCAGUCGGGCUACUCUAAACAGAAGGCUAUGUUGUUACAGCUUAGCACAGCCACUGGUGCCUUGGCUGGUUGUAUGUGUGGGCUACUUGCUGAUAACCUCAGUGUAGCAGCCACGUCUUGGAUCUUGCCAUUCACGGCUGGAGGAUUCAUUUACAUAGCAACUGUAUCUGUAAUUCCUGAGCUGUUGGAAGAGAGUAGCUUCAAACAGUCAGUAAAGGAAGUGGUUGCAAUGUUGGUAGGCAUCUUGAUGAUGGUUCUUAUGUGCUAUGUUGAAUGAUUAUAGCCGACCAAACAAAGUGCUAGUCACGAAGGAUAGUAGUCUCGUGAUUAUACAAUUGAAGAGCUGUUGAA